AUGUUUAGAAAGAAAUAUAAUGUGUUAAACAUUUUGUGUAAACAUGGGAAAAAAGAAAAUUUAUCAAAACGUUCUAUAAAUUCUGAUAUCGAAACGUCAAAAAAGUGGAAGAUAAGAGGUGCACUGAAUAAAUGGCUUCUGUUGCUUAACACUUUUGUUAUUGUAUUUUUAGUAUCAAAAUUUGAGUAUCCAAGUAGUAAUUGCAUUUCUAAUAAACCAUGUGAUGGGGAUAAUAACCAAGAAAACAUAUAUUCUUUUGGGGGUAAUCGAAUGCUAAGAGAAAAUGAAUACAUUGAGGAAACAAAACAUGACAGUGUAGUCUUAGAUUUCUCGCGUAACCUACGUCACAGGGAAAUUAAUGGAAAAUCCAGCUUUAAGAAAUUAACAACGAAAUUAGAUAAUAGACAGGAAAAGGAAAAUUUGCAAAUGAAUCAAAAAGGCAAAAAAUUAUUAAAAACAGAAUUUAAGGGAAAUUUUUUAAAAAGGGAAAAGAAAAUGAAUCGAAUGAAUAAAAAAGAAAAUAUUAAUAUAUAUGAUUAUGUUCAGGAUAUUUAUGAUGUAUAUAAUAAUAUUAAUGAUGGUUUGGAUUCAUAUGAAGGAAAUGAAUCUCUUAUUUUUUACAAAGAUAAUAUAAAUAAGGACGAGGAAAGUUAUAAAAAAUUGUACACUAAUGAUAAUUUGUGCGAAAAUUACGAUCAACAAGAAGAAGAAAACGAGCCCGAUAAUUAUGAUCCUAACGAAAAGAAUUAUUUAAAUAAAAAUGGGGAUGAUGGUGAAGAAGGUAAUGAUGAAGAUCAGAAGGAAGAUGAAGACAGAGAGGACACUAAGGAUUAUAAUGAUAAGGAUGAUAAGGGUAAUGAUGAUAAGGGUAAUGAUGAUAAUGAUAAGGAUGAUAAGGGUAAUGAUGAUAAGGGUAAUGAUGAUAAUGAUAAGGAUGAUAAUGAUAAGGAUGAUAAUGAUAAGGAUGAUAAUGAUAAGGAUGAUAAUGAUAAGGAUGAUAAUGAUAAGGAUGAUAAUGAUAAGGAUGAUGAAGAUAAGGAUGAUAAUGAUAAGGAUGAUAAUGAUAAGGAUGAUGAAGAUAAGGAUGAUGAAGACAAGGAUGAUGCAGACAAGGAUGAAGAUGGAAAAAAAGGUCAGUGUCCAUUUAAAGGAGAAUGCUCAGAAAAAAAGGAAUGUCCAUUUAAAUCAGAAUGGACAGAAAAAAAAGAGUGCCCAUUGAAAAGUGAAUGCUCAGAACAAAAAGAGUGCCCAUUUAAACCUGAAUGCCCAUUUAAAGACGGUGACGUAGAAAAGAAGGAAUGCCCAUUUAAACCUGGAUGUCCAUAUAAAGACGAUAACACAGAAAAAAAAGAGUGCCCAUUUAAGUCUGGAUGUUCAUUUAAAAACGGUAGCGUAGAAGAAAAGGAGUGCCCAUUUAAAGACGGUGACGUAGAAAAGAAGGAAUGCCCAUUUGAAUCUGGAUGUCCUUAUAAAGACGAUAACACAGAAAAAAAAGAGUGCCCAUUUAAAUCUGGAUGUCCAUAUAAAGACGAUAACACAGAAAAAAGAGAGUGCCCAUUUAAAUCAGAAUGCACAGGAAAAGAAGAGUUCCCAUUUAAAAGUGAAUGCUCAGGAAAAAAGGAAUGUCCAUUUAAACCUGAAUGCCCAUUUAAAGACGGUGACGUAGAAAAGAAGGAAUGCCUAUUUGAAUCUGGAUGCCCAUAUAAAGAUGAUAACACAGAAAAAAAAGAGUGUCCAUUUAAACCUGGAUGCCCUUAUAAAGACGAUAACAUAGAAAAAAAAGAGUGGCCAUUUAAACAUGGAUGUCCAUUUGAAAACGGUAGCGUAGAAGAAAAGGAGUGCCCAUUUAAACCUGGAUGUCCAUAUAAAGACGAUAACACAGAAAAAAAAGAAUGCCCAUUUAAAAAUGAAUGCUCAGAACAAAAAGAGUGCCCAUUUAAAUUAGAAUGCACAGAAAAAGAAGGGUGCCCAUUUAAACAUGGAUGUCCAUUUAAAAACGGUAGCGUAGAAGAAAAGGAGUGCCCAUUUAAACCUGAAUGCCCAUAUAAAGAUGAUAACACAGAAAAAAAAGAGUGUCCAUUUAAACCUGGAUGCCCAUAUAAAGAUGAUAACACAGAAAAAAGAGAGUGCCCAUUUAAACCUGGAUGCCCUUAUAAAGACGAUAACACAGAAAAAAAAGAGUGCCCAUUAAAACCUGGAUGCCCAUAUAAAGAUGAUAACACAGAAAAAAGAGAGUGCCCAUUUAAACCUGGAUGCCCUUAUAAAGACGAUAACAUAGAAAAAAAAGAGUGGCCAUUUAAACAUGGAUGUCCAUUUGAAAACGGUAGCGUAGAAGAAAAGGAGUGCCCAUUUAAACCUGAAUGCCCAUAUAAAGAUGAUAACACAGAAAAAAAAGAGUGCCCAUUUAAAAACGAUAACGUAGAAAAUAAGGAAUGCCCAUUUAAGGCUCAAUGCACCGAGAAAGAGGGAUGUCCAAUUACAGAACAGUACACAGAAAAAGAAGAGUGUCCAUUUAAACCUGGAUGUUCAUAUAAAGACGGUAACGUAGAAAAAAAGGAGUGCCCAUUUAAAUCAGAAUGCACAGAAAAAAAAGAGUGUCCAUUUAAAAGUGAAUGCUCAGAACAAAAAGAGUGUCCAUUUAAAUCAGAAUGCACAGAAAAAAAAGAGUGCCCAUUGAAAAGUGAAUGCUCAGAAAAAAAAGAGUGUCCAUUUAAAAGUGAAUGCACAGAAAAAGACAAUGAAAUAGAAAAAAAAGAGUGCGCAUUUAAACAUGGAUGUCCAUAUAAAGACGAUAACACAGAAAAAAAAGAGUGCCCAUUUAAACCUGGAUGUCCAUUUAAAGACGGUAACGUAGAAGAAAAGGAGUGCCCAUUUAAAUCAGAAUGCACAGAAAAAAAAGAGUGUCCAUUUAAAAGUGAAUGCACAGAAAAAAAAGAGUGUCCAUUUAAACCUGGAUGUUCAUAUAAAGACGGUAACGUAGAAGAAAAGGAGUGCCCAUUUAAAUCUGAAUGCACAGAAAAAAAAGAGAGUCCAUUUAAACCUGAAUGCCCAUAUAAAGAUGAUAACACAGAAAAAAAAGAGUGCCCAUUUAAAAACGAUAACGUAGAAAAUAAGGAAUGCCCAUUUAAGGCUCAAUGCACCGAGAAAGAGGGAUGUCCAAUUACAGAACAGUACACAGAAAAAGAAGAGUGUCCAUUUAAACCUGGAUGUUCAUAUAAAGACGGUAACGUAGAAAAAAAGGAGUGCCCAUUUAAAUCAGAAUGCACAGAAAAAAAAGAGUGUCCAUUUAAAAGUGAAUGCUCAGAAAAAAAAGAGUGUCCAUUUAAAAGUGAAUGCACAGAAAAAGACAAUGAAAUAGAAAAAAAAGAGUGCGCAUUUAAACAUGGAUGUCCAUAUAAAGACGAUAACACAGAAAAAAAAGAGUGCCCAUUUAAACCUGGAUGUCCAUUUAAAGACGGUAACGUAGAAGAAAAGGAGUGCCCAUUUAAAUCAGAAUGCACAGAAAAAAAAGAGUGUCCAUUUAAAAGUGAAUGCACAGAAAAAAAAGAGUGUCCAUUUAAACCUGGAUGUUCAUAUAAAGACGGUAACGUAGAAGAAAAGGAGUGCCCAUUUAAACCUGGAUGUCCAUUUAAAGACGAUAACACAGAAAAAAAAGAGUGCCCAUUAAAACCUGGAUGUCCAUUUAAAGAUGGUAACGUAGAAGAAAAGAAAUGCCCAUUUAAAUCAGAAUGCACAGAAAAAAAAGAGUGUCCAUUUAAAAGUGAAUGCUCAGAAAAAAAAGAGUGUCCAUUUAAAUCAGAAUGCACAGAAAAAAAAGAGUGCCCAUUGAAAAGUGAAUGCUCAGAACAAAAAGAGUGUCCAUUUAAAUCAGAAUGCUCAGGAAAAAAAGAGUGCCCAUUUAAAAGUGAAUGCUCAGGAAAAAAGGAAUGUCCAUUUAAACCUGAAUGCCCAUUUAAAGACGGUGACGUAGAAAAGAAGGAAUGCCCAUUUAAACCUGGAUGUUCAUAUAAAGACGAUAACACAGAAAAAAAAGAGUGCCCAUUAAAACCUGGAUGUCCAUUUAAAGACGGUAACGUAGAAGAAAAGAAGUGCCCGUUUAAAAGUGAAUGCACAGAAAAAAAAGAGUGUCCAUUAAAACCUGAAUGUUCAGAAAAAGAAAGUGGAGUUUUUAUGGAGAAGGAGUUAAAUUUGUAUGGAGAAAUGGAAAAAAAAGGCAAAGACUUAGCGGGAGAAGAAUUAUUAAAUGAAGAUCAACAAUUUAAUGAUGAAGAACUUGCGAAUGAUUUACUAAUGCUAGACCUAAUUAUAAAUAACCAAAAAUUAUCAAACGAAGAGGAAUUAUUAGGAGAAGUAGAUAAUUCAAUGCCAAAGGAUGAAAUAGAAAAAAAGGAAAUAGAAGGCACAAAUACAAAAGAAGAAACACCUAGUAAAGUUGCAGAAACACAAGAUAGUGAAGUCUUCAUCUCAGAGCUGAAAGAAACUUUACCAACAGAAUUUUCAAAACUAGAUCAACAGACAGAAGAAAUAACAAAAGAAACAAUAGAUACAAAAAUAGAAGCGAAAAGCAUAGAAGAAUCUUUAAUGAAAAAGGAAGAGAAAUUAAGUGUAGAAAAAGACGAAACAAAACAGAAAGAUGUGAUAGAUGAAGGUACGAUAUCCGAAGAAGACAAAACACAGGAUAAAACAUUGAAAAUAGAACAAAAAGAGUUUGAAAAAGAAGAAAAGGGAGAAGGAAAGAAAAAGGAAAUGUUAAAAGAAGAGAAAAAGAAAAAGGAAGAUGCUCUCAGCCAUACUGAAGUUGACAAACUACAAAAUAAAAUAAAAAAUGAAAAGAAGGAUUCCACGGAUAAGACCCAGUCACAGGAAAAACAUGAUUCAGAAGCAUCCCAAAAUUUAAGAGGACAAUCUGAUAAAUUAAAAAUAAAUGUAAAAGGAGGUGUUGAAUCAACGAAAAAAUCUGUCAGCAACAAUUUAGAACAGAACACAUUCGUUCGUGAGAACAAAGAAGAAAAGGAAAGUACUGAGAAAAAUGUGAAGAAGAGCGAAGAUUCUAAAAAGGUAGAAGAAACGAAAAAAAAGGAAAGUACUAAAAAGGAUAAGGAAACAAAAAAAACGGAAAGUGUUAAAAAGGAUGAAGAAACGAAAAAAACGGAAAGUGUUAAAAAAGAUGAAGAAACGAAAAAAAAGGAAAGUGUUAAAAAGGAUGAAGAAACGAAAAAAAAGGAAAGUGUUAAAAAGGAUGAAGAAACGAAAAAAACGGAAAGUGUUAAAAAGGAUGAAGAAACGAAAAAAACGGAAAGUGUUAAAAAAGAUGAAGAAACGAAAAAAACUGAAAGUGUUAAAAAGGAUGAAGAAACGAAAAAGACUAAAGAUGCUAAACAAGCUGGUGAAUCUACACAAGCUACAGGCCUUAAAAAAGAUUUAAAGGAUAAUACAAAUGCUAAAACUAAAUCAAAUAGUUCUAGUCCUAUUAAAAAAAUUGUAGGUAAGUUACGUAAAAACUAA